GUGGGUCGGGGCUUGGAGAACGGAGAAUGACGGGGGCGGCGGAGGCGAGCUGGCGGCCUCCGAGGCCUGAGGCCGGUGUCGGGUAGGAAGGAGGUGGGAUGCUCGCGGGGAGGCCUCGGGGUGCCAGGCUGUGGGCGAGGAGGCCGGCCAGACCCCAGGGCUCUCGGCCGCCUUGGUGCAGUGCUUUAUGCACCGCAGGCCUCGGUCGCCGCUGCUGUCUCCGUGUGCUCUUUGGCUGCAGGGAAGGGCAGGGGCUGGAGGAGAAAGGGGAUUGCUUGCAGGAAGCAUAGUGGGAGUGCGAAAGGGGAGAAAGGGGCCGGAGGGAAGAUGCCGGAUAGGUGGAGGAAUGCCGGGGGUGGCUGUGGAGCAGUCUUGAGGAUUCUGGGGGUGUUCAUUGUGCAGAUGUUAGGUGUUUCAUUAUGGAAAGAGCCGAACCGUUUCCAAGGCAAGGAACGAAGGCAUAGAGUAGUUGCUGCCGAUAGAAGGGAGAGCAUUUGAAACUAGAGGAGUGCUAAAUAUGAGAGAAGAUGCGGGGAAUGCAUAAUAGAAUAGACAGAUGUAGCAUAAUUAUCAAAUGCUGGCCCAAGGUCUAAAGAGUUAUUCCAGAUGGGCCAGAGUGGCCUAGUUCGGAACCUGUUUGGGCUCUUCAGUAGAUGACAUCCGACAUUUAUAUAGCUACUACAUGAAGAUACAAACUUGAGUUAUCACAAAGGCCACCCCUCUUGCCGCACCCUGUGACAGUCCCGUUACAGCGUUGCUCUCUGACUCCUGGCAGCCUGUUCCCUAGCUCUGUGGUUUUGCCAUUUCCAGAAUGGUAUGUAGUGACUAGAAGAGAAGAAUCAGUGGCUUGGAAAUUGAGCUAAGUGACCUGGCGGGAUGGGCAUUUGCCUGACACAUUUUAUGGAGGAAUUGGAUGGCACAAGUGACUGAGAGGAGCUUGAGGGUUUCUGGAGCCUGGGAAAGGUAGAAACUCAACCAUGGUUUCUUUCCCCGCUCAACAGCAUUCCUUUCCUUGAAGUCUUCAUUUCUACUUCGGUCUCAGGCAGUUAUACUUAAGCAUGAACAUUGACGACAGACUGGAAGGAUUAUUUCUUAAAUGUGGCGGCAUAGACGAAAUGCAGUCUUCCAGGGCAACGGUUGGAAUGGGUGGAGUGUCUGGCCAGUCCACCGUGUCUGGAGAACUGCAGGAGUCAGUACUUCAAGAUCGAAGCUUGCCUCACCAGGAGAUCCUUGCUGCAGAUGAAGUGCUACAAGACAGCGAAAUGAGGCAACAGGACAUGAUAUCGCAUGAUGAGCUCAUGGUCCAUGAGGAGACAGUGAAAAAUGAUGAGGAGCAGAUGGAAACACACGAGCGCCUUCCUCAAGGGCUUCAGUAUGCGCUUAACGUCCCUAUAAGUGUAAAGCAGGAAAUUACUUUUACUGAUGUAUCUGAGCAACUGAUGAGAGACAAAAAACAAGUCAGAGAGCCAGUAGACUUACAGAAAAAGAAGAAGCGGAAACAGCGCUCUCCUGCAAAAAUCCUUACAAUAAAUGAGGAUGGAUCACUUGGUUUGAAAACCCCUAAAUCUCACGUUUGUGAGCACUGCAAUGCUGCCUUUAGAACGAACUAUCACUUACAGAGACAUGUCUUCAUUCAUACAGGCGAAAAACCGUUUCAAUGUAGUCAAUGUGACAUGCGUUUCAUUCAGAAGUACCUGCUCCAGAGACACGAGAAGAUCCAUACCGGUGAAAAACCAUUUCGCUGUGAUGAAUGUGGUAUGAGAUUCAUACAGAAAUAUCACAUGGAAAGGCACAAGAGAACUCACAGUGGAGAAAAGCCUUACCAGUGUGAAUACUGCUUACAGUAUUUUUCCAGAACAGAUCGUGUAUUGAAACAUAAACGUAUGUGCCAUGAAAACCAUGACAAAAAACUCAACAGAUGUGCCAUCAAAGGUGGCCUUCUGACGUCAGAGGAGGAUUCUGGCUUCUCUACGUCACCAAAAGAUAAUUCACUGCCAAAAAAGAAGCGGCAGAAAACUGAGAAGAAGUCGUCGGGACUGGACAAAGCGGGUGCAUUGGACAAGCCGGACCUGAAGAAGGACAGGAGUGACUACCCGCCUCUCUACCCUUCGAGCGCUAAAGUGAAGGAUGAGUACAUGGUCGCGGAGUACGCAGUUGAAAUGCCGCACCCGUCAGUCGGAGGGUCUCACUUAGAAGACGCUUCUGGAGAAAUCCACCCACCCAAGUUGGUUCUCAAAAAAAUCAAUAGUAAGAGAAGUCUGAAACAGCCCCUGGAGCAAAAUCAAACCAUUUCACCCCUAUCCACCUACGAAGACAGCAAAGUCUCAAAGUAUGCGUUUGAACUUGUGGAUAAGCAGGCUUUACUGGACUCCGAAGGCAGUGCCGACAUCGAUCAGGUGGACAACUUGCAGGAGGGGCCCAGCAAGCCUGUGCACAGCAGCACUAAUUAUGACGAUGCCAUGCAGUUUCUGAAGAAGAAGCGCUAUCUUCAAGCUGCAAGUAACAACAGCAGGGAGUAUGCGCUGAAUGUGGGUACCAUAGCUUCUCAGCCUUCUGUGACACAAGCGGCUGUGGCCAGCGUCAUUGAUGAAAGCACCACAGCGUCCAUAUUGGAUUCCCAGGCACUGAACGUGGAGAUGAAGAGCAAUCAUGACAAAAAUGUCAUUCCAGAUGAGGUCCUACAGACUCUGCUGGACCAUUAUUCCCACAAAGCUAAUGGACAGCAUGAGAUUUCCUUCAGUGUUGCAGAUACGGAAGUGACGUCUAGCAUAUCAAUUAAUUCUUCUGACGUACCUGAAGUCACCCAGUCAGAGAGUGUUGGGUCAAGCUCCCAAGCAUCUUCGUCAGAUAAAGCUAACAUGUUGCAGGAGUACUCCAAGUUUCUGCAGCAGGCUUUGGACAGAACUAGCCAAAACGAUGCCUAUUUGAAUAGCCCGAGCCUUAACUUUGUGACUGAUAACCAGACCCUUCCAAAUCCGCCAGCAUUCUCCUCCAUAGACAAGCAAGUCUAUGCAGCCAUGCCCAUCAAUAGCUUUCGAUCAGGAAUGAAUUCUCCACUAAGAACAACUCCAGAUAAGUCUCACUUUGGACUGAUAGUCGGUGACUCACAGCACCCGUUUCCCUUUUCAGGUGACGAGACAAACCAUGCCUCUGCCACAUCAACAGCAGACUUUUUGGAUCAAGUGACUUCUCAGAAGAAAGCUGAGGCCCAGCCUGUCCACCAGGCUUACCAAAUGAGCUCCUUUGAACAGCCUUUCCGCGCUCCUUAUCAUGGAUCCAGAGCUGGGAUAGCGACUCAAUUUAGCACUGCCAAUGGACAGGUGAACCUUCGGGGACCAGGGACAAGUGCUGAGUUUUCAGAAUUCCCCUUGGUGAAUGUAAAUGAUAAUAGAGCUGGGAUGACAUCUUCACCAGAUGCCACAACUGGCCAGACUUUUGGCUAAAAAAAAAAAAAAGAUGUGUAAAUAAUACUGGCACUUUAGAACAGAUUAAUCGAGAGUGGGGUUACUCUGUGUAAAAUGGAGUGCUAUACAGAUUUAAGAGCAAUGCGUUCAUAGCAAGCUGAUAAGAAUAGCAAGAUAAUCCAAUAACUGCAUUUCGUUUGGUUAGCCCGCAUUCCUUGAACUGCCUUACGUGUUGUCACCGUUAGAGAAGCGAUGCAUUACUUGUUUUAGAUCAGAACCUUGCUAUUCACCCACACCAAGAUAAAAGGAGAAAAGACUUUCGCACAAUUGUUUCCUAACUGAUAACAUUGUACAUUCUUAGGAGAGUAGUAAUUGUGUGAAAUUCCUCAUACUGUUUCUAAGUUUUCAGCAUAGUGUUGCACUUCAGCAGGGAAUCUGAGGACACUUCACAGGCAACAGUGAACUUAAAGUUUCAAUGUCAAGAGAUGAUGGCUUAAAUAAGUAGUUUGUCCUAUAGGGAAAUAAAAAGAAACCACCUUAACAAAUGA